AGAAUAGAGCACGCAACCAAUGGGUUGCCCUUCAAUUCCUAAAAUGAAGGACCCAUUAAUUAACAUAUAUAUAUAUAUGAAUGAAUCAAUAGGGGUUUGUAAUAUAAUUGAGAUGUAAAUAGUUAAUAAGUAAAGAAGAAAAAAGAAUCAAUCCCAUCUUUUUCCCUUUUUUUUCUUUCCAUUGCAAGCAGAACCUCCCCUGUGUCUUGUCUAGCCCUAAGGAAUUGAGGCGCAGAGAGAGACAGGCCGCCUCCGAUUGCACGGAUUGAAAUUUCUAUUUUUAUUCAUUUAUACACAUAGCCUUCUUCAACUUCAACAAUUUUACAACAAAAGAAAAAACAAGAGAUCAUAAAAUAAUAAUGGCCGCUUCCUAUAAUAGAUCAACAAUUUCUUCAUGCAGUAAUUUCUACUUAUUAAUGUUGUUGGUGGUGGCCAAUAUGUUGUGGAGCAGCUGGGGAUCAGAAGCAGCAUUGACCUUGAAUCUAAACCUUUCAUUGGACCUUUGCAAGAAAGCAGACUACCCAGCAUUGUGUCGGUCGGUGGUGAAAGGCCUGGUGGACCCAUCGACCGCCAUGGAAACCUCAAUUAAGCAAUUGAUGGUUGAGACGAAGCAGGCGAUGAGUGUGGCUAAAAGGCAGAAGUCGUCGGCCAUGGAUGUGUGCAUAGAGGUUUACGAUGACGCAUAUAGCAACCUGGAGACAUGCCUUUCGAGUCUAAAAUCUCACGACAAGGGAACCCUCAACAUCAACCUCUCAGCGGCAUUGACCGAUUACGUCACCUGCCAAGAUGCGAUUGCGGAGAAAGGUUUAAGUUCUCCGAUUACCCGAAACAAUAACCUCCUCAGUCAAAUGACCACCAAUUGCUUGUAUUUAUCUGGUUUGAUUCGUCUUCACUGAUUAAUUAAAAUCCACUCCCUAAUUCCCCCCUCCUUUCUUUUUUUUUUUUUUUUUUUUGUAAUUUGGUGAUUUGAUAUAUUUGGGUAUGAAGUGGCAGCUCAUUAUGUGUUUGUGUGUAUGUGUUUUAGUUCACACUACACAUUUGACGAAGAAGAUGAGUUAACUUUUCUUCUUCUCUUUUUUGUUUUGUUUGUAUGACUAUGUAUAGGAGAAGAGAUGGGAAAGAGCAUAGAGAGAUCAGAAGUGGGGGUUGGAAAUUACAAUUCAUCUCUGUUGAUUAAAUCUUUAUAUAUAUAUAUAUAAAUCCCUCUUUCUGUCUUUUAUUA